CGAGUCACAUGACCUGUGUGCACUUCCUGUUUAUUUCCGAGGAGAACGACCUGCAGCUGUUACAUACUUUAGUUUAAAUGUACUUUAUGUUUGGCACCAAACUGAGGGUUUUUAACAUACAAACCGUGUGUAUUUGUAAGAGGAUGAACAUGGGACUACUUUCUUGUGUUGUUCCGCUGCUGCUGCUGUGUGGAGCGGCUCCUCUGGAAGCGGCGCCCGCUAAAAGCAGCUACCUGCCGGGCACAGGAAGGUUCUGGCACAUCACUGACCUCCACCUGGACCCCACCUACCACCUGACCCCGGACCCCACCAAGGUGUGCUUCUCCUCUAAAGGAGUCCCGGCCACCAACCCCGGGGUGUUCGGAGACUUCCUGUGUGACUCGCCCUUCCGCCUCAUCCAGUCGGCCUUCGAUCACAUGGCAACGCUCACAAAGCCGGACGACUUCAUCAUAUGGACCGGAGACAGUCCCCCUCACGUCCCUGCAGGCGAGCUCUCCACAGACCUGGUGGUCCAGGUGAUCGGGAACAUGACGGAGACGAUCAGACAACACUUCCCCAACAUCACCGUCUACCCCGCGCUGGGAAACCACGACUACUGGCCGCAGGACCAGAUGCCGACCUCCACUAACGCUGUGUACCGAGCUGCUGCCGAGCUGUGGAGGCCGUGGCUGCAGAAUGAAGCUCUGCUCACUCUCUCUCAGGGAGGUUUUUACUCCCAGCUGGUGAAGCCUGGUCUGCGGGUCAUCAGUCUGAACACCAUCCUCUACUACGGUCCUAAUAAAGUGACGGAAAACAUGACGGACCCUGCAGGACAGUUCGAGUGGCUCGAGAAGACUCUGCAGAAAGCUGCUCAGAGUCUGGAGAAGGUGUACAUCAUCGCUCAUGUGCCGGUGGGUUACCUCCCCUGGGCCAGAAACAUCACGGCGGUGAGAGGGAAACACAACGAGCGGCUGGUCUCCAUCUUCAGGAAGCACAGUGAUGUCAUCGCGGGACAUUUCUACGGACACACACACCGGGACAGCAUCAUGGUGCUGCUGGACCAACAAGGUAAACCGGUGAAUUCUCUGUUUGUCUCUCCGGCCGUCACACCAAUCAAAAGUCUUUUGGAGCCGUACUCCAACAACCCAGCUUUCCGCAUGUACCUGUACGACACCGAGGACUUCUCCAUGCAG